AUGGAUUAUCUGAAAACGAACUUUCCUUCACAACCAGAAGAAGCUACAAAAUACCCGGACAGUUUACAACCCUCGCUUUACCAGCCUAUCUUCGAGCAGGAAGUCAACGGUUCACCAGGCGAGCUCAUCCAUCCAGGCUAUUUACCUUUCUUUUAUGACUACAGGGCUGUAGAUAGGGGGUUAUGUGAGGGUAGGGAGGCCUGUGACUGGGAGUGGGGGGAGUGGGAGAGCCAUGUCGUGGUGAAGGAAGAAAGUGAGGAGCAGGCCAGAGCGUUUGCAGAAGGUACCCAAUCUCCUGCAGGCAGUCGUAAAGAGCGUACGGCGUUCACGAAGGCCCAGAUUCGAAGCUUAGAAGCGGAGUUCACGCGGGCCAACUAUCUGACAAGACUGCGUCGGUAUGAGAUAGCGGUCGCAUUGCAUCUUACUGAAAGACAGGUUAAAGUAUGGUUUCAGAACAGAAGAAUGAAGUGGAAAAGGACUAAGGGGGCGAGCAAACAUCAAAAGAAAAAGGAGGUUAACGGCCCUCACUAG